ACUGAGAGCUCACAUCAAACCGGGAAACGCGCGCGCAUUGGGCUUUUCAACGGAAAACAAAAAAAACUAAGACCAUAAACCGAAAGUGUAUUUGGGAUCAAGACCACCAGGCUGGACUGAAGGUGUUGUUCAACUAGAGAAACUUCCAGAAGUAAAAGUUUCUAAAGUUCCUUUAAAGAUACAAGAAGGAGAUACAGUCAAGCAACUGAUACAAUACUUGCAGCAGCAGAAGAAGAAAGAAGAGAAAGAAGAAGAGGAAAGCAACACUAUGAUAGCCUCACAUCUUCUGGCGUACUACGUUACUGAACUCCAUCAUGACCAGGCACAGAAAGUGGAUAAGUUCCUGUUUCACCUCCGUCUGUCCCCUGAGAACCUGAUGGAUGUGUCCCAGCGCUUCCGGAGGGAAAUGGACAAAGGCCUGGGCCGGGACACCAACCUCACCGCUUCAGUCAAAAUGCUGCCCACAUUCGUGCGCUCCACCCCUGAUGGCACAGAAAAGGGCGAUUUCUUGGCUCUGGACCUCGGGGGGACAAAUUUCCGUGUCCUACGGGUGAAGGUGUCCUCUAACGGCAAGCAGACAGUGGAAAUGGAGAAUCAGAUUUAUGCCAUUCCAGAGACCCUGAUGAGGGGCAGCGGGACAGAGCUGUUUGACCACAUCGCUGAAUGUUUGGCCAACUUAGAGAAACUGGGCAUCAAGGAGAAGAAACUGCCACUGGGCUUCACCUUCUCCUUCCCCUGCCAGCAGACCAAACUGGACGAGAGUAUUCUGGUGUCAUGGACCAAGGGCUUCAAGGCGAGCGGGGUGGAGGGACGAGACGUCGUCGGCCUGCUGAGAAAAGCCAUCAAGAAGAGAGGGGACUUUGACAUCGACAUUGUCGCGGUGAUCAACGACACCGUGGGCACCAUGAUGACCUGCGGCUUUGACGACCAUCACUGCGAGAUCGGCCUCAUCGUAGGGACGGGUACGAACGCGUGCUACAUGGAAGAGAUGAGGAACAUGGAACUGGUGGAAGGAGACGAGGGCCGCAUGUGCGUGAACAUGGAGUGGGGAGCGUUCGGAGACGACGGAUCUCUCGACGACAUUCGCACCGCGUUCGACCGCGAGAUUGACGCCGGAUCGCUGAACCCCGGCAAACAGCUGUGAAUUGAGAAGAUGAUCAGUGGGAUGUACAUGGGUGAGCUGGUGCGUAUCAUCCUGGUGAAAAUGACCAAAGAAGGACUGCUGUUCCAGGGCAGGACCACGCCUAAUCUGCUCGAAGGCUGCUUCAAAACCAGCUACGUCUCAGCCAUCGAGAACGACAAGAGUAAGGAAGGCCUGGUCAUGGUGGAACAGGUUCUCCGUGAUCUGGGUUUUGAGCCAUCUCAGGAGGACUGCGUGGCCGUGCAGCGUGUGUGUCAGAUCGUGUCGACGCGAGCAGCUCACCUGUGUGCAGCUUCGCUCGCCGCCGUGCUGCGUCAGAUCCGAGACAACAAGGCCGUGGAUCGUCUGCGUACCACCAUCGGAGUGGACGGAUCUGUCUACAAAAACCACCCACAGUUUGCGCGGCGGUUACAUAAGAUGGUUCGCUGUCUGGUGCCUGACUGUGAUGUGCGCUUCCUGCGCUCGGAGGACGGCAGCGGGAAGGGUGCUGCCAUGGUAACGGCGGUGGCCUACAGGUUGGCAAAGCAGCACGCCGAGCGCCAGAAGGUCCUGGACACGCUGCGUCUCAGCCGAGAACAGCUGAUGGAGGUGAAGAGGAGGAUGGAGGUGCAGAUGAAGAGGGGACUCGCACAAAACACCCACGACUCGGCCAGCGUCAAAAUGCUGCCCACCUAUGUGAGAGCCACGCCCGACGGCACAGAGCACGGCGACUUCCUGGCGCUGGAUCUCGGUGGAACGAACUUCCGCGUGCUGCUGGUUCGAGUGCGCAGCGGGAGGCGCAGUGUGGAGAUGCACAACAAGAUCUACACCAUCUCUCAGGACAUCAUGCAGGGCACGGGGGAGGAGCUGUUCGAUCACAUCGUCCACUGCAUCGCUGACUUCCUGGAGUACAUGGGAAUGAAGGGGGCGUCGUUACCACUGGGCUUCACCUUCUCUUUUCCCUGCCAUCAGGCUGGAUUGAACAAGGGCAUUCUACUGAGGUGGACAAAGGGCUUCAAGGCGAGUGGCUGUGAAGGUGAAGAUGUAGCGAUGCUGCUCAAGGACGCCAUCCAUCGCAUGGAGGAGUUUGAUCUGGACGUGGUUGCCGUGGUGAACGACACAGUGGGGACGAUGAUGUCAUGCGGGUACGAGGACCCUCAGUGUGAAGUGGGACUCAUUGUAGGGACGGGUACAAACGCGUGCUACAUGGAGGAGAUGAGGAAUGUGGAGCUGGUGGAAGGAGAUGAGGGUCGCAUGUGUGUGAACAUGGAGUGGGGCGCGUUCGGAGACGACGGUGAGCUUGAUAAUGUCUCCACUCCGUUUGACCUCGCGGUGGACGAGAACUCCACCAACCCCGGCAAGCAGAGGUUUGAGAAGAUGAUCAGUGGGAUGUAUCUCGGGGAGAUCGUCAGGAACGUCCUGCUGGAUUUCACCGCUAAAGGCCUGCUGUUCCGAGGGAAACUCUCAGAGAGACUCAAAACUCGCGGCAUCUUCGAGACCAAGUUCCUUUCCCAGAUCGAGAGUGACCGUCUGGCUCUGCGGCAGGUCCGCUCUAUCCUGCAGCACCUGGGUCUGACCAGCAGCACGUGUGACGACAGCAUCCUGGUGAAGGAAGUGUGCAGUGUGGUUUCUCAGCGAGCGGCUCAGCUGUGUGCUGCUGCUCUCGCCGCCGUCGUCGACAAAAUCCGCCAAAACCGCAACCUCAACUCGCUCAGCGUCACCGUGGGAGUGGACGGGACCCUAUAUAAGCUUCACCCACACUUCUCCUGCAUUCUUCAGGAAACUCUGCGAGAUCUGGCGCCCCAGUGCGACGUGACUCUCCUCCAAUCAGAGGACGGGAGCGGGAAGGGCGCCGCCCUGAUUACAGCCGUGGCCUGCCGUAUAAGAGACGUGUAACGGCCGUGACGUGCACCGAGGGGACGAACAAAACCAAACAGAAAAUGGAAAAGGGAUCGUCGUGAACUUGAAACUGCUUUUCUAUAAAAAGACUGUUUUCUGUGUGUGUGUGUGUGUGUGUGUGUGUGUGUGUGUGUGUGUGUGUGUGUGUGUGUGUGUGUGUGUGUGUGUGUGUGUGUGUAAGAAACAGGGCCUGAUCUUUUUUGUUUGUUUGUUUGUUCUGCUGUUUGAGAGUUUAUAGAGGGGGAAAAUGAGGGAUGGGGUUACGGGGUCGACGCAACUUUAAUUUAGUCUUAACGUUUCUGUAUUGAAAAUUAAAAAACAUUGGAAUGAAGAGAUUUGAAGGUUUUCAGGAGCUCGGUGGGAUGAAGAUGGUGAUUUCAGAGUGAUGCUUCUGUUCAGGUGCUCCUUUAGGUCUUUGCUGGACGUAGACGUCUGCAUCUCCUGCGAGUUAAUAUUUAUAGAACAGCACUUAUUCCGAAGACAAAACGAAUUUCACUUUUUUCGCUGUUUUUUUUUUUUUUAUUCAUAUAUCACAAUAAAAGAAUUCUCACAUGAUGUUUAGACUGUAACUAUAACAACGCUCGCACUUCAUCUGGAGAAUCAAAGGGAACAAAAUCAGGCUUCAUGAUCCUGCGCUUUUUUUUUUUUCACGUUUAAAGUCAGUGGUUUCUAUAAAAUAAAAGGAAAUAAUUUAAAUAAUGUUUUAUUUGCUGUAUUAAAUUAAACAAAGGAUCGGAAUAAUAAAUGUUUUUUAGGGUUUCAUUCAGUUUUUUAUAUUUAUUUUCUCCAUCUUUUCAGUCGUUUUCAGUUCCAUGUGUCAGGAUGAACAAAAUAAAGAGAAGGAAAGAAAGAAUAUAUACACUCCUGUUUAUAAUCAUAAUCUUGUUUUCAAAUAAAAAUAUUUUGUAUAUAAAA